AUGUUUAGAAAAGAUUUAGCAUGGUAUGAUCAGCUUCUACGGCAAUUUAGAUCCGGAAAUGAGAACUAUUUAUACGACUUCAAGAAUAAAAUUUCCUAUCAUAUAAUGGAAAAGAGCGAUAUCGCUGAAGCAAGUCGAAUUAGUGCACAAUGUAUGGCUAGCAAUCCAUUUUAUAGAAGUAUAAGUAUGUCUGCUGAUGAAUAUCUUGAAGAUUCUACUUUUUCCUGUCAAGAAAGUGUUGAGAGUAGAAUUGGAUGCAUAGCUCGUAAUAGACAAGGCCAAAUGAUAGGUGUUCAUGUAGCUUAUUCAUUAUCCACAGCAAUAAAUGUUACCCAUGGACAGGAAUCGUAUGACCGCUGUGGUAGUAAACUUGUCCCACUUCUUAAUGCUCUUGUAGAACUAUUUAAAACAACACCAUGGCAUCAAUAUGGUGGCAUCGAUCGAAUAGUUUAUCUUGAUGAAGUAUCUGUACUAAAGAGUGCAUCAGGCAAAGGUGUCGGUUACAUACUGCCAGAAUUUGCGUUAGUAUUAGCAGAAAGAAAAGGCUACACACAUGCUGCAACUAUCGCCAUACACAAAAUCACCAAAAAUGAUUUGGAUAUGCUUCCAAAUUGGAAAGAAAUUAAUAGUAUCGAAGUAGCCAGUAUUACAGGAAAUGAUGGUAAAGAACGCGUAUAUGAAUCCAUAUCUAAGAAUGGCUUUCGCUCAAUUUCACUUUACAUAGGAGUACUAAAUCCGAAGAAAAAUUUCGGUUCAGUGCCAUUUUACUCAUGGAUGUUAACUAAAAUAGAAGUAUUUUAUAACAGCGGUAGUAUAUCAUUCAAAGUAAACAGCGAUCAAAAAUUAGAUUAUUCAAUCACUGGGUAA